GGCAGUCUCGCUUUCCCCUGCUGGUUUGACUGUCGUGGCUGGGUGAUGAUUUGCUUACUUGGAGCAGGACUGAGUUUGGAGCGGGUACUGUGAAAUGUGUAAGCAUGAUACUGCCUGGAUAAUCAGCGGAGGACAUUAGGAGACGGAGACCUACAGCGAACUGAAAGCAAAGCAGGCAGGACAGCCACACCUCAUGCGUGGGCUCAGCAAAGGUCCGAGUGGAUAGGGGUCUGACAAACAUGGGUGUUCUUCAACUCCACAAUCCCACUCACUCCAGCACGCUCCUGCAGCGGGCUAAUCAGAUGCGUCUGACCGGCACCCUGUGUGAUGUCAUUAUCACAGUGGAUGGCCAAGAGUUUCCAGCGCACCGCACCGUCCUGGCCUGCACUAGCAAAAUGUUCGAGAUCUUGUUCCACCGCAGCAGCCUGCGCUACGCCCUGGACUUCCUGUCCCCCAAGACUUUCCAGCAGAUCCUAGAGUACGCCUACACCGCCUCGCUCCAGGCCACAGCUGAGGACUUGGACGACUUGCUGUAUGCUGCUGAGAUUCUGGAGAUCGAGUACCUGGAGGAGCAGUGCCUGAAGGUGCUGGAGACCAUCCAGGCAGAGGAGAGCGAGGAAGUGGCGGUCAGGAAUCACAGCUCCGGAGAUCACAGUGACCAUGGCCGGGCCAGGCACUGGAGGCAAAUGCUGAUGUCCAAGAAGCAUUCCAUACAGGAUGGACCCAACCACACCAGUCCCACAGCUCUACACCACCUGGCACUGUACCACAUGACUGAGAGGAGCUCUCCUGGCCCAGAGCCUGAGGCAGCUCCUGAAUCGAGCCCCAAGCAGGACACAGUGGUAGACAUGGAGAACUCCCAGAAGGCUCAGCAUAGCGGUGUAGAGAUAGCCCAGGAUUCAUCCCACGAACCUCCCAGAAGUAUAAAAUUAGAGCGCAUGCAGGUGGAUGAUGCCAACAGCUAUGAGGGCAGAUCCUCCAGUGCAGGGGAGGGAAGCUGCAUCUCAGACCAGCCUAGAGACGAAGGCCCGGGGACGCCCCUGAGAGGUAGCGUCAUCACCAGUGCUCGAGAGCUGCACACAGGCCCCGAGGAUGGAGGACAAAUGGCAGGAAACACUCUUGACUGUUUUCCCGGGAUCUCUGAGAAACACCUGGCCUCCAUAUACUCUGUGCCAUCCAACCACACAGGGGAGGGCAUGCCAGUGUCUGUUUCUGUGGCCCCAACCCUGGGUGUGCCACUAGACCCGAGAACCUACAGUGGCCUGCUGCACCAAGGGUUGCUGCACAGGGAGCUCCUGAGCAGGCUUGGCCAGUUUGCAGCAGGGAUGAGGCACGAGGCCCCAGCUCAAGGCCAGCAGUGUUGUGGCGAAUGUGGGCUCCAGCUGCACAGCCGGCAGGCUGCGGAGCAGCACAGGAGGCUCCAUAAUGAGGAGAAGGGCAAUGGCUGUGAAUACUGUGGCAAACACUUCCAGGACAGCAUGCGGCUCAGGAUGCACAUGCUGUCUCACACAGCUCCUGCAGAGGCGCUCGUGUGUGAUCAGUGCGGAGCGACAUUCUCCUCAGAGGACGCUCUGGAAGCCCACAGGCAAACACACACAGGGACUGACAUGGCGGUGUUCUGUCUGCUGUGUGCAAAGCGCUUCCAGACCCAGAAGGCCCUGCAGCAGCACAUGGAGGCCCAUGCAGGCAUGCACAGCUACAUCUGUAGCCACUGCGAGCGCCCCUUUCCAAGCCACACUACCCUCAAAAGGCACUUGCGCUCACACACGGGCGAUCACCCGUUUGAGUGUGAAUUCUGCGGGAGCUGUUUCAGAGAUGACGGCACGCUGAGGGGCCAUAAACGCAUCCACACGGGAGAGAAGCCUUACGAGUGCAACGGCUGCGGGAAGAGGUUCAGCCUGAAACACCAGCUAGAGACACAUUACCGCGUACACACAGGUGAGAAGCCAUUUGAGUGUAAGCUCUGUCACCAACGGUCAAGAGACUACUCUGCUAUGAUCAAGCACCUGCGCACUCACAACGGAGCGUCUCCGUACCAGUGCACCAUCUGCCAGGACUUCUGCCCCAGCCUGGCUGCCAUGCAGAAGCACAUGAAGGGCCACAAACCCGAGGAGGUGCCGGCGGAUUGGAGGAUAGAAAAGACUUACCUGUAUGUCUGUUACGUCUGAGCAGGACUUGGACUCCAAGCACAGUCUGACUGGCACACACACUCACACGCACACGGUCACUGUUGGAUGAAAACCUGUGUUGCUGGUUUGAAAUGUUUCUGUAAGGGUUUUUGAAAGAGUCUGAAUUCUUGUUGGGUGAACUGGGAAGUGUAUUAUGGAGAGAUGUCGCUGAAAGAGAUACUGAGUUGGUUUUAUUUGUUUUUUCCCGACAAUUAGACGUGCAAGCACGAAAACAGAUGGGCGUACACGUCAGGGCUGCAACCAAUGUUCAUCAUCAGUCAGGUUAUUUUUACUCUAAAAGGGAAAAAAAAGGGCAGAAGAAGUCACAUUUUGUUGACAAGCUGAAUUCUUUAAAGAUAUUUGCCCAAAAAAGUCCAAUAAAUAUUGCAGGAUUAAUCGAUUAUCACAUUUUUGACAGUUUCCUGAUGACUUAACCGUUUUAGCCCUGACGUGCACAAACAUAGACACACACCGUCUCCCUCGCACACAAGUUUUGAUAAUCACUGUAUCUCUAAUGGAUCCACUGUGGUUAAAAUCAAUGCCACAAUGGCUGUGACUGCUGACCUGUAUGUGUAGCAGGAGCAUUUUGACUGAUUGCUAAACCAUCAGACAACCCGAGUUAUCGUCUGUGAUUUGCAGUAGAUGUUGAAAUAAUUCCACGAAGGCUUGAUUGGCUGAACUUUGCAACAUUUUCUCUCCUAAUUUCCUGUGACUGCUUUGGGUUUUUUUGUUUUUUCUCCUGCUGUUGGAUUUUUAUUUGAGUUGUUUCUUUUCUGCAUGUUUUACUUGAAUGGCUGCCACGUUUUGACCUCAUAAGCUUGAUCUCUUUAAUUGCCUUGUCUUUCUUGCAGUGGGUGUUAUUGUUUCAGGUGGGUGGGGUAGCUGGCUCACAAUUUGAGUUUCUCUUGUAAUAAGGUUGUGCUAUUUAUACGUUGUUUAUUUGUUACCAAAUAUGCGCUGGUUUUCAUCAGACGGUCCGUCUCUCUUGGGAUGAUUUCUAGUAGAGCGAGCUCUACCUCUCCUUGCUUUUCACUGUUUUAAAUCCACUGCAAAUUAUUCAUCCAUCAGCCGUUUUCAGUUUGUUUGGGUUUUUUUUAGAAGUCAUCAUAAAUUACAUGGUCAAAAAGUGUGUAAAAAAUGCCUCAACACGGCUUUCUGUGUAUUUUUUUUUUUUUUUUUUAAAAAAAAAAAUCCUUUAAGGAACAGUUUAUCCAAAAAUCAAAUGUAGGUAUUUUUCCUCUGGUCUGUAGUGCUGUUUAUUCAUCUGGUGCGAGUCGCCCAGUUUUUAUAGAGAUGCUUGUCUUCUCUUGAUUAUGAUGGAAUCAAAUGGUACAGAGACUGACCCGGUUACUUUAAAAGAAACAAAACCCCAAAACUCUGUUGUGAGCAAUUUCAUGUAGGGACUAUUUACUCUGUAGUUUCUGUAAUCGCUAACCAAAAGAAGCCUGCAGGUAGCUAACAUUACAGCUCAGCCACAAGCACGAGCCUUUUGUGAUGCCGUCUGAUACAACUGCCGUGUGGAAUAGUUGAUAUAUGAAAAAACUGAGCUUUUUGUGUUUUGGUUGAUUUUUUUUAUUUGCAUAUUGAGAUAAUGAUUUCUAUUUACUUUGAUGAAUUUCAA